UGCCCUCACUGUAGGUUACGUGUGUAAAGGUUGGGGGGGGGCAAAGGGGUCAAACGUCACCCUGAGGCAGGUGGAGGCGGGAUGGCAACGGCCUCCGGGUCCUCAGAUUUUGCCAGCCCCGGAGUGCCCCCGCCCGGUGGGAGACUUCAGACUGAGGAGGAAGAACGAGAGGUGGUCCGAGUACGAGUGAAGAAAUGUGAAAACUUCUUGCCACCUGAAUAUCGAUCUUUUGCCUUAGACCCACAGAUCACCUCACUGGAUGUAUUACAGCACAUUCUUAUGCGAGCUUUUGACUUGAACGGGAAGAAGAACUUUGGCAUCAGCUACCUAGUUCGAGAUCGCCUAGGACAGGAAGCUUACUCCUCCUUACUGUCUGAUUGGGACCUGAGUACAGCUUUCUCCACUGCCUCCAAACCUCACCUGCAGUUACGUGUAGACAUUCGACCCUCAGAGGACAGCCCAUUACUGGAAGACUGGGAUAUAAUCAGCCCCAAAGAUGUGAUUGGUUCUGACGUACUACUAUCUGAGAAACGGUCAUCGCUGACAGCUGCUCUGCCUUUUACACAGUCUAUCCUCUCUCAGGUGGGCCGUACCUUAUCUAGGGUUCAACAGGUGCUAAGCUGGUCAUAUGGAGAAGAUGUGAAACCCUUUAAACCACCACUGAACGAUGCUGAGUUUCACACAUAUCUGAACCAUGAAGGCCAGCUCUCUCGUCCAGAAGAGUUGCGCUUGCGGAUCUAUCAUGGCGGUGUGGAGCCCUCACUGCGAAAGGUGGUGUGGCGCUACCUACUUAACGUAUACCCAGACGGGCUGACAGGCCGUGAGCGGAUGGACUACAUGAAACGCAAGAGCCGUGAGUAUGAGCAGCUCAAGAGUGAGUGGGCCCAGCGAGCAAGCCCUGAGGACCUGGAAUUCAUCCGCAGCACAGUCCUCAAGGAUGUGCUACGCACAGAUCGCGCCCACCCCUACUAUGCAGGGCCUGAGGAUGGCCCACAUCUGCGGGCCCUUCAUGACCUGCUUACCACCUAUGCGGUUACCCACCCACAGGUGUCCUACUGCCAGGGUAUGAGUGACCUGGCAUCCCCUAUCCUUGCUGUCAUGGACCACGAAGGCCAUGCCUUUGUAUGUUUUUGUGGCAUAAUGAAGCGCCUGGCCGCCAACUUCCAUCCUGAUGGCCGUGCCAUGGCCACCAAAUUUGCCCACCUUAAGCUACUCUUACGACAUGCUGACCCUGACUUCUACCAGUAUCUGCUCGAAGCAGGAGCUGAUGAUCUCUUCUUUUGUUACCGUUGGCUAUUGCUGGAGCUCAAGAGAGAGUUUGCCUUCGAUGAUGCCCUCCGCAUGCUUGAGGUCACUUGGAGCUCAUUGCCCCCUGAUCCUCCUGAACAUGAAGUAGAGCUCGUUGGACCCCCUAGCCACGUGACAGAUACUGGCUUUGGUGGCCACAGAGGGAGGCCAGUUCGACAGAGGCACAUGCUAAGGCCUGCUGGUGGAGAAGGCAGUGCCUUCGAAGAUGCUGUUCGCCACUUGGCCAAAUCCAGCCAAGAGCCUGGUGGUGGGGGGCGUCUCCUGAGACAAGCUAGCCUGGAUGGCCUCCAGCAACUCAGGGAUACCAUGGGUCCCAUGACGGACCCUUUGGUCCACCUACCCCACCCCUCUGCCCUCAUCAAUUCUAAGUCCCUCUCCGAACCCUUGCUAAAUUCCCCAGAUCCAUUGCUCUCCUCCUCUUCCCGCCCUGACUCUCCAUCUUCCUCAUCUCCACCAUCUACCCAGGAAGCCUCUCCCACUGGUGACAUAACCAUAGGAUCCCCCUUGAUGCACGAGGUAGGCACUCCAAGACACUCUGGGAAAUCCUUGCCAUUGUCAUCUCCAGUGGGCCUCCCCCCACCCCAAGAGUUUGGUCGGGGGAAUCCAUUCAUGCUCUUCCUCUGCCUGGCCAUCUUGCUGGAGCACCGAGAUCACAUCAUGCGCAAUGGGCUAGAUUACAACGAGCUGGCCAUGCACUUUGACCGCCUUGUACGAAAACAUCACCUAGGGCGCGUCUUGCGCAGGGCUAAAUCUCUGUUUGCUGAUUACCUGCAGUCUGAGGUUUGGGACUCAGAGGAGGGGGCAGAGGCCACAGCUUCAUUUUGAUCAAUCUCCAUCCCACCAGUUCAUCAAUCCCACCUAUCUCCCUACUUCCCAUGUGGGCCUAAAGUGAGAUAUCACCUCCCUGCCUGCCAUCCGAAGACCUGUUGGAGCCUAGUGGCCUCUCUUCUCAGGUUUUAAGGGGGGGAGGGGGCUGCUUUGCCAUUGCCCCAAUAGAGGCCAUGGCCUCUUUUGUCUGUUUUUAUCACUGCGUUUUUAAACAACUCCACUUUGCCCACAUGAA